AUGGUUGCUCAGAAGUUUGGCGCCGCAUUGGCGGCUCUAAUGUCGUCGACUGCCGCCGCCUCGUCGAUUUCGAGACACAGGAACACUGCACGUGCGGCAACUCCCGUCGUGCAUCUUGACAAUGGGCUCUCGGUGCAGGGCCGAAUCGCUCCCGCAGCAUCAACCGUUGCAGAGUUUCUCGGCAUUCCAUACGCACAGCCACCAGUCGACGACCUACGAUGGGCACCUCCUCAGGAUUAUGAGGUCGCUUCCAACAACUCGGUUGUAAACGCCACAGCAUUGCCACCUUCCUGCUGGCAGUACAUCUCAGUUCACCCAGGUAUUCUUCGGACCGAUGCACCGGAGUAUAUGAUAGGUAAUGCUGGAAUGGCCGAGGACUGCCUAACGAUGAGCAUAUGGGCACCAGCAAAAGCUCUGGAGGCCGAGGAAGGGUUGCCAGUCCUCAUCUGGUUCUACGGCGGAGGGUUUGCUACCGGCGGAAUCGAUGUUCCGUACCAAAUCCCCGUGAACUGGAUUGAGAGAUCGCAGUCUCACAUCGUAGUCUCGUUCAAUUACCGCCUGAACAUCUUUGGAUUCCCCACCGCAGCCGGCCUGACAGAGCAGAACUUCGGUCUCAUGGAUCAGAGAUUCGCAGUCGAAUGGAUCAAAGAGAACAUUGCCAAGUUCGGUGGCGAUCCUGAGCGUAUGGUCAUCUGGGGACAGUCCGCCGGAUCAACCGCCGUAGACCUGUACAACUUCGCAUAUGCCGAGGAGCCCAUUGUGAAGGGCCUGAUCAUGGACUCUGGCACAGCCCAUCUUGACAUACUAAUUAACCGAGAAAACACAGAUUUCUCCAGCUUCAGCCUUGUGGCAGCUAAUCUUGGCUGUGGGAAUCAAACCAGCUCCGAGGCGGAACUUGCGUGCAUGCGCAAAGUGCCUGCUUCAAAGCUCGAGAAUUUUGUCGCAACGUACGAGGAUUCGGGGGCCUCUCCCUCCAUCAAUUUUAUUCCAGUGGUAGACGACAACCUUGUGUUCAACAAUUAUACACAGAAAGCUGCGGACGGAGAAAUGUCUGACCUGCCUGCAAUUAUCGGCUUCAAUGAAAAUGAAGGCCUGUUUUUGACAACCUACAAUGCCACCAACCCAGAUUUCGCAACUGCUUUGGAGUACUCAUACGAUUAUUUCUGGUGCCCGGCAACUUUGACAACCUAUGAGCGCCUUGAGAACAAUCGCAUCACUCACCGGUACUAUUAUACCGGCAACUUCACCAAUAUCAGCCCUCAGCCCUGGAUGGGUGCGUACCACGAGUCCGAGCUUCCCAUGCUGUUUGGCACGCACAUGGACUUCCGCGGGAAUUCGACCCCGUUCGAGUAUGCCGUCAGCCACACCUUGCAGGAUGCCUACGUUGCAUUUGUCGCAGAUCCGGUAAACGGCUUGAACUCGAUCGGCUGGCCUGCGUAUGAGGGGCCCGGAGGGACUGUGAUGCAAUGGGCAGAUAUGUCAAAUCUGACUUUGGCUCACCUGACGACUGUGACAGAAAUUGAGGAGGGCUGCCAGAACAAGGGUCUGCUUACCUCGCUCGCCCAGGGAUCGUAA